GAGCUGUCAGUUUGCACCUGUCAUCACAUUACACAUUAUCUUAGCUUACUAUGUGGUUUGCUUUAAAGCAAAGUGAAUUGAAGAAAAAACUCCAAAGUGGAUUGAGGAAAAAAAUUGUCGUAGUUUGUCAUAAUGCCAAGUUGUCGAGUGUGCCGCCGAAAAGAAAACUUUUUGAUUUCAAUGGAUUUGGAAGAUAAACGUGAUAAAAUUGCGUAUAUGCUUAGCAAAUUCUUUGACCCAACUAUUAAACGUCAAGUGAAGUCCAUUUGUACGUCAUGCUCCAGUCAAUUAAAAUUAACCUACAAAUUCAAGAAAAAAUGUGAAAAGUCAGCCGCUGAAACCAUUCGAAAAUACCGAAAGAAACAACAACGGACUUGCAAUUCGACAACUGAUGAUGAUUCCACUGUUGAUGAUGAAGAAGACGAAGAAGGAGAAGAGAAGCAGGGUUUCGAAUCCAAACAACUGAAAUGUCAUGUUUGUGAACGAAUUUUCAAAUCACACCUCGGCCAUGAACAGCACAUUAAUCGUCAUCGCGCCAGAAAAGUUCAGUAUCCGUGUCUUCGAUGCAAUUUGAAAUUUUUGGCAGUCAGUCAUCUCAAACAGCAUACCAGCGAAAAGCAUCAAUUGAUUUAUGAAUAAGCUAAAUAAUGACAAUGGAAUAGUCCAAUUAUAAUCUCAUUUCAUUUCAUUCAUCAUUAAAAGUUUUUGAAAAUUGAUUCGGGUCUUGUUCCGUAUUUUAUCUGUGAUUUCGAG